AUGACUCAUGUAGUUGUAAGCACAGAUUUGGUCCGCGGCAGGUUCCAGCCACGCCUUCCGACUUCGCUGCCGCCCCCAGGGCAGCAGCAGCAGCCGUCGCCACUACUACGCCGACAGCCCGUCCCGUUGAUGCCUCCCGCGCAGCUUCAUCCGGGAGCGCCCCAGGUGGUCGCUCCGGCGCCUGCGGUCCCUCUUCAGUCGCCACCGCCUUCGGAGCUGAUGGACGUCGACCCCUCAGCCGGGCCGCCUUCCCAAGCGGUGGCUGUGCAGCCUGUCCUGCAGCCACUUUCCUUGGGCACCCCCAAGGAGUCUGACACCGCAGCGCCUUGUCCGGCGCCCACUCAGCAGCCGUCGACGCAGCGUCAGGAGACGCUGCCUCUCUUCGUGGGUCCCGACGCCCCGGCGCGUCCAGUACCAGAAGCUGCGACUGAGCCAUCGCAGCAGCCCCCUGCAGUUCCAGGACCACAUGUGCCAAUGGAUAUGAACAGCAGAUGCUUCCUCUGGUUCUCACUCAGAGGAAUAUCAUCUUUUGCAGUCACUGGUACUCUUCAGGAUGCCGAUCCAGUGACUUAG